UUUUUUUUUCCCAAAGACUAUGGAGCUUCAAUAACCACUGAUUUUAAAUCUAUCUCCCAUCUCUCUCUCUCGCCCUUCCUCCCUUGUUUGUCCUAUCUUUGCGACCGCUCGUCAUAUCAUCCGGAACAGAGCCAGUCACCGCCCACUCCGUCGAUCAUCCGCCGCAUCCCGCGAAGGAUCAAAGACACAAACCCUGGUGGACUGGACUCUGCAGCUCCCUGGAGUUGCUCCUUAGCUCUCCGGCUCUCUUGUCUGUACUUAGUCCAGCUCCCUCUUAACCUCAGACCUACCGGCGACCGACCCUCUCCCUUCCUCCCUUCUCUCAUUGUCAUUCCACCCAUGAUGAGUGAAGCCGAGGUUCGCCAGCGCAAGCCUCUUCCCCGCCAGGAUACCAGUGAGCUCCAAAAACACUCCACGAAACCCCCCGUCGAGCCACGCCUGAAACAUGGCAUCCCGAUGCAAAUCGCCCGCUCCCUGGCAAUGGCCACCUGGUUCGACUGCUGUUGCGUCCUCAUCUUCGUCACCCAGCUCGUCGGUGCCCCCUUGUACCUGAUCAACAAGGACUGGUACUACACGUACAUGGCCUACACGAAACAGAACUUUGGUCUGGUAAUCGCCGCUCUGACAGAGUAUGGCUGUCCAACUCUGCUCCGGGUCAGUGGAGACGAGAGUGUCCGGGGUCAGUUGCAUCUAUCCGACGAUGGGAUGCUGCAGACACGAUUCCCGGAGCGGUUGGUCUUGAUCGCUAACCACCAAGUAUAUACUGAUUGGGUAUAUCUAUGGUGGAUCGCUUAUACGAAUGUGAUGCACGGCCGGAUCUUUAUCAUUCUGAAAGAAUCGCUCAAGUAUAUCCCCGUCAUGGGUCAAGGCAUGAUGUUCUAUGGGUUUAUUUUCAUGGCGCGGAAAUGGCAGUCUGAUAAACCCCGACUUCAACAUCGCUUGGAGAAAUUGAAGACGAAGCUCUCAGGUUCCAAAUCUGGCAAGUCGCAGUUUGACCCUAUGUGGCUGUUGAUCUUUCCCGAGGGGACAAAUUUGUCCUUGAAUACCAAGCGCCGGAGUGAUGAGUUUGGUUUGAAGCAAGGGUAUCCGUCAUUUAAUCAUAUGAUUUUGCCUCGCUCGACGGGUCUGUUCUUCUGUCUGCAGCAGUUACGUGGAACUGUGGAGUACGUGUACGACAGCACCAUUGCCUAUGAGGGCCCACCAAAGGGCAGCUACCCGGACAAAUACUUCACCCUCCGCUCCACGUACGUGCGAGGCCGGCCACCAACCUCUGUCAACAUGCACUGGCGACGUUUUGCCGUCGCAGAUAUCCCCCUCGACGACCAGAAGGCAUUUGAUGAAUGGCUGCGGGCUCGCUGGGCCGAAAAGGACGAGCUUAUGGAUCACUACUUUGAAACUGGUCGAUUUCCCUCCGACCUGGCCGGCUCCAUCGAGGCUAAGAAUGCUACCGAGGAGCAGAAAGUAGCCAUCUCUGGUGGUUAUGUAGAGUCCUAUGUCCGGUUGCAUCACUGGGCUGAACUGAUCCAGAUCUUUAUUGUUCUGCUUGGUCUUGCAUUCCUAUGCAGGGUUUUCUGCACGUGGUGUCAAUAGUCUUUUCAAAGGAUUCGGAGUGUGGACACCGACUCCUCUUUCGUCUUCGGUUGGGUCGGGCAUGAUAUGAUGAUAAAACGUGGAUAAUAGCUUGACGUAUAGCUUCCUACAUGAAUAUUGAACGAAAUACAUAAAUUAUGAUCAUCCUCUU